AUGUCUCUAGCUGACAAAGCUCACCAAUGGGAGAAGAGCUUGCCCCAUGGCACAAUCACCACUUGGGAUGAAUGCAAGAAGGCCUUUCUUGCUAAGUUUUUCUCCACCGGUCGCACAGCCAAGCUUAGAGGAGAGAUAUCCAGCUUCAUCCAGCGAAACAAUGAGACAUUCGCAGAGGCUUGGGAGAGGUUCAAAGGCUACACAAGUCAGUGCCCACACCAUGGAUUCAACAAUGAAUCACUACUCUCCACUCUUUAUAGAGGAUGCUUGCCUAGGUAUAGGGAGAUGCUAGACACAGCUAGCAAUGGGAACUUCCUCAACCAGGAUGUAGAUGAUGGCUGGCAACUUGUGGAGAACAUAGCUAACUCAAAUGGAAGCUAUGGAGAAGAGUAUGAUCGCACCAACCGGAGCUCGACCCACCACUCGAUCGAGUCAGACGAAAAGUUGAGAAAAGAUGUUAAGGCAUUGAAUGAGAAGUUGGAUAAGCUGAUCCUAGCUCAGUCCACAAUGAAGAAAGUCAACUUUGUGUCUGCUGAGGAGAUGGAACCAGUCCAAGAAGGGGAGGAUACACAAUUUGCUGAGGUGUGCUACAUGAGCAAUGGGCAAGGAGGUUACAACAAAGGAUACUAUAAUUACAAGUCCAACCCUGCCAUGUCAUACCGCAACACUGAUGUUGCUAACCCUCAGGACCAAGUAUAUCCUCAACAACAAGCAGCUCGAUCGAGUCAGGUGCCACAACAUGGGUAUGGUCAAAAGAACAAUUACCAAGGACCACAAGGCACUUUCCCUGGACAACAAAUGAAUAUCCCACCAGGCUUCCCCCACCAACCGCCCCAGCCUGCACCUUCACAAGAGAAUGAGCUCAAGGCAAUGCUAAAGCAACUACUUCAAGGGCAAGCUGAUGGGGUAGUGGACACAAGCAAGAAGCUAGCUGAAAUAAACUCUAAGAUCGAGAACCUCAACACAAGGGUUUACUCUCUGGAGAAUCAUGCUUCUUCUGUUGCUGCUGCUACAAAGCAAGGACAACUACCUGGUAAAGCUAUUCAGAACCCCAAGGAACAGUGCAAGGUCAUCUUCACUCAAGAAGGACUUGUUGAAGAAGAGGAUCAAGAAAGGGUCAUUGAAGAUUUUUGUUUACUGCUGAAUGAUGAAGAGAUUGUUGCUGCUGAGGCUCCUGGAGUCCAGAUUGAUCAACCAGAAGUGCAGGCACCUACUGUGGCCAUUCACACUUCACCAGUUGAGCUCGCACGACAAGCUCGAUCGGCAGCUCGAUCGAGUCCAACUCUAGCUCGAUCGAGUCCGACCUCUUCUGUCCGACAGCCUGUUUUGCUUGAUCCUUACCAACCGGUUGCCGCUUCCUCGUCUCGCCUACUUAGUCAAGGUCACAAGGAAGUGAUUCACAAGUUCAGAAGAGAUCUCAGUGGGAUUGGAAUUGAGUUGCCUCCUAUGGAUAGCAUGAGUGAGGCAUUUGAUCAAAUGCAAAUGGUCAAGGAUGUUCUAGCCAACAGUGAUAAAGUUUCAGAGGUCCUACAAGAGUCUACUCAUCAGUUCAACCUGCUUACUUCACCCACCUUCCUACCAAAGGUCAAGGAUCAAGGGAAAUUCACUCUCCCUUGCACACUUGGGCAUCUUGAGAUUGACAAUGCCUUAGUGGAUUCUGGAGCAAGCAUCAAUCUGAUCUCUCUCUCCAUGGCAGAGAAGCUAGGCAUUGCUGGAGCCUUGCAGCGCCCUACUACUUCAAUCAUGUUUGGAGAUGCAACUUCUAAGUCUCCUCUUGGAGUGUUCAAGAACUAUCACUUGAAAAUUGGAGAAUGCAUCAUCCAAACUGAUCUCACUGUGAUGGAAAUGGAAGAAGAGAAGGAUUACCUCUGUUAUUGGGAACCCCUUUCCUUACCUAGAGGUUCAGACUUUUGUGCCACAAUUGACAGUACCACUCUCAGUUCUAAGAGUCAUGGAGCUACAAAGGUUGUGAAGGAAAGGGUUGACAAAGAACCAAGAGUUGGGAAGGAUAAGGAUGAGAGAGGACCAAGGAUUGAGAAGCCACGUCUUGAGAGGGCUAGAGUUGAGAAACCACGAUCUGAUAGGCCAAGAGCUGAGACUUGUUCAAGCCCCUUGUGUGCUUGA